AUGGCUAUUAUAACAAUUCGUGUAAUUCGAAACUUUGAAUAUCGUACGCUUAAGAAUGUAGUCUUUCACGACAUAGAUUUGUCUACAACGACCGUCGGCCAGCUUAAGAAGAUUAUCCAAAAUCGUAUUCAAACGGAUUCCGCUCUCAAGAUUUAUCGUACAACCCAUUUUGACACUUUGAAAAUUUAUGUGAAGGCCCAACAGCACAAGACUCAGAAUUUGGCCAUCAACUUGGAUCAUGAUGAUUGGAUUCUUACAGACGAUCACCAAACCCUGGCUUUCAGCGGAAUUGAAAACGAAACUGAACUAUCCUAUUUUAAUUUGGAAGCCUACCGUGUGUAUCAAGCGAAUCCUGUUCAAAAAUGGAUGUAA